AUGGUACCGGACGAAGGUAUUGGAUUGGAUUGGUACCACACGGCCACACGGCAAUCGGAAUGUGCUGCCCGUAUCUUUGGUCACUCUGAGGGAAAACAAGCCUGUUGGGAUUCUUUCUCCUUGAGUUUUUGGUGCUUGCAGAGUCUUGGUGUACAAAUUUUGGCCAGUUGUUGCGUGGACCCGGUUAUGACGACGAAGCCUUCUGCUCAGAGGACACGAUUUGUACCGAAAAACUGUGAUUCGAUUCAUUCGACUCAUGUCAAGUCACACUUCAAUUAUGCAUCACUCCCAUGA